GCGUGGUAGCUUCUCUGAGGAUGGCAACUAUUUUUAAUGAUGUCAUUGACAAUCUGUGGGUCAAUGUAAGUGAAGUUGUGUCCCAUUCACCAGUUCAACUAAGAGUAGUGAAUAUUACACAUUUUCAGGAAUAUCAAAUAGCAGAACAAAUCAUUCAUUACAUUUCACCAGUGCUUUCGAUAUGUGGAAUUAUUGGGAAUACACUUACACUAUUAGUACUAGUGACGUCAUCAUUUCGGAAAUCAGUUACGUGUUGGUAUAUGACUAUUAUCGCUGUGCUCGACACUAUAGCCUUAAUAUUUCAGUUGGUUUGGUAUUUCAUUCGACCUAAAGUUAAACCCGACCUUUUUACUGGAAGAGCCUGUGCAAUUAUGUACGCCAUUUUCUUUUUUGCCAUUCAUUACAAUGUGUUUCUGUUAGUUGCCAUGACAAUUCAGCGAUACAUAGUAGUUCGUUUUCCACUUCGUGCCCAAAAGUUAGUAAACAAAAAACGCACUAUUUACGUUAUAGUAGCGCUGGGAUUAUUAUCUCUUGUAAUAAACGCACAUCACCUGUUCACGAGAAAACCAAUCACCAGUCUAGAGACUGGAUUAAUCAUGUGUACAGCAGACGUGAACAGUGAAACAUUUAUAAAAUUUGUGUGGCCUUUGAUGGAUGCCAUUUUGUAUGGAUUCGCGCCACUUUUCUGCCUGACUGUGUUCAACGUUCUUAUUGUCAGGCAAUUGCGUCAUGCCGGCAGACGACAUCGUGAAAUGGUUGGAAGCGGUAGUCAGAAAGAUAGUGGUUGUUUUACGAGCAGUCAAGCACAGGUCACGCUUAUGCUCCUACUUGUGUCAGCGUCCUUUAUGGUGUUUGUUACGCCAAUUGCCUUAACGGUUGUGAUCGAAAGAUAUGCGUUGCGUCUCACAACACCCCAUGACAGAGCAACGCAUUAUCUAGUUCGCGUCAUAGCUAGCAUAUUAAUGUUUACAAACCACUCACUCAAUUUUGUACUUUAUUGUUUAAGUGGUAGAAAGUUCCGAGCCGCCAUUUGGGCAGUGUUCAUUUGUAGCCAAUCAGGUAAUAAUAACAAAUUUGAAAUCACGCCUUUAGCGUCCGUUAGAAAAGAGAAUAGUCAUAUUUUAGCACAGAUUGUGGAAUCUAUAAGUGACGAGGAUAACGUUUCGUUGCCAGGCAACGUUACGUCAGAGUACCCAGAUAAUUUACAGAUGUUAUGAA